AUGGAGGAGAAAAACAAGGACGAUAACGCCACGAAGGGACAGGAAUCGAUGUCCUAUCAACGGAGGAUGUGGAAGAAUUUUCAAGAAAAAACCAAACCGUUUUUGAGUCCCAAAUUGGUCUCUGAACGUCGCAAUCCCGACGGUAAAAAGGAGACGGGGUUAUGGAUGUUUAAAAGGAAAAAGAAACAGUUGGACCGUGUCUUUUCGUCCUCACAGCCCAAUCUCUGCUCUUCUACCCAGUCGACUUUCCCGGGCGACCUGUCACUCGGCGGUACAGCGGACCCUGGGAACAGCAGCACGGGGCAACCUAUGCAACAGCUGCUGGGGGCGGAUGGAGUGUCGACAAGCAAGCCAGAGCUAACGGGACACGAGUGCCCGAAGCUCAUCGUCUCCCAUUUAAUCAUGUCCCACCAGAAGAGCUCCUCUCUCGGCUCUGCAUGCUUCGAGAAGCUGGUAGUAAAAUCUGCGGACGUUGGAGAGGAGGAACAGCUCCGUAAAAACGCCAGUGAUUCUGUGAGUAACCUGAAAUCGUGGAAAGAUCAAAGAAACACAUAG